AUGGUGCGGCUACAACAAUCAUAUUCGCCGCAUUCGGGCGUCCUACCCGAACGUGCAGCACAUUUUGCCGUAAAUCCAGCAGAAUGUCGAGAUGGUCGAGCCGAUUCACGAGAACGUGAUCCCACUAAUGGUGGACCAUCAUUGUUUCAGCCGGGUGAUCGCAUUGUAGAUGAAUACUCGAAGGAGGAGUUUCAUGUUGACCAGUACCUUGGAAAGGCCUUUGCAAAUUUGGACAUAAUCUUUCUAUUUUUGCUAUUUUUAUUCGCUAUAUCAUUUCAUUUGGAAUGUGUGAUGGAUGGAUGUGUUCUUGCUAAAUUUCCUUUGAUUAUUCGUUAUUCGCUCAAGGCUGCGCUUGAAAUCAUCUUCUCUAAAAAAAUCUUUGCCGCAAUCUAA